AUGUCAAAGAUGGAAAGUAGUGACAAUUUUUAUAGCUUCGUGAAUGAAAAUGAUCAUGAGGAGGAAAACGAUGUAGGACUGGAAGAUGAGGAUAAGGUGGAUUGUGAGGUACAAAAUGACGAUUAUGGAGAUUAUGAUGAUUUCUGGAUUCCAGGUUUGUUAAAAGACGAAUGUAUAAGUUUUGAAACCAUAGUUGAUAUUAGACAGUUUGACAUGGAAAAAAUGAGUGUUGAAGAUGUAAGCAGGUUCGAUUUUGCUGAGUUGGAGUUAGCGUAUGUCUUCUACUAUUGGUAUGCUAAAAUAACUGGUUUUUCUGUAAGGGAAACACUAGAACAAGCAUUUGUUUGUUCAUGUGCUGGUUAUAGGAGAGAGAAAGGAUCAACAUCAAAUACAAGGAAGCGCCGAGAAAGAAAAGAAAGUAGGUGUGGUUGUGAAGCAAUGUUUCGUGUUCAUGUGCAUUUUUCCACGGGACGAUGGUAUGUGACAUGCUGGAAUUUUGAGCACAAUCAUUUAUUAUUGGACUUAAAAUUGCCAUCUUUGUUGCCCGCACAUAGGAAGAUGUCAACAAUUGAUAUUAUGCAAAUUGAAAACUAUAGAAAAGUAGGCAUUGGACCUCCGCACAUGUAUGCAGCAUUUGCCAAUCAUUGUGGUGGAUAUGACAAAGUGGGGUUUAUUAGGAAAGAUAUUUACAAUCAAGAAGUGCACAUGAGAAAGCAACAUACCUCUGAUGCAAGUGGUGCAUUGAAGUAUUUACAUGAUUUACGCAAGAAAGAUCUAACGAUGUAUGUUUUGUACACCGUGGAUGAAGGGUCAAGACUACAACGGUUGUUCUGGUGUGAUACUGAGAGCCAAUUGCUUUAUGGGGUAUUUGGUGACAUUCUCGCAUUUGAUGCCACCUAUAAGAAAAAUAAGUAUUUGUGCCCUUUUGUUGUGUUCUCUAGUGUUAACCACCAUAAUCAGACAAUAGUUUUUGCCGCUGCUAUCGUGACUGAUGAGACGAAAGAAACAUAUGUUUGGUUGUUGGAACAAUUCUUGGAAGCAAUGAAAGGAAAAGCUCCUUCUUCAAUAAUAACUGAUGGCGAUCUGGCUAUGAGGAAUGCUAUAACAAGAGUGAUGCCAAGUGUUUUUCACAAAUUGUGUGCAUGGCACUUAUUGCGUAAUGCAUUGAGCCAUGUUGGAGACAAACAAGUUUUGAAAUGGUUGAAGAAUCUAAUGCUUGGUGAUUUUGAAGUGGUCACAUUUGAAGAAAAAUGGAAAGAGAUGAUUGCUACCUUUGAAUUGGAAGACAAUAGUUGGAUUGGUGAAUUGUAUGAAAAAAGGAUGAAGUGGUCUCCUGCCCAUUUGAGGGGUAAUUUUUUUGCAGGCAUACGGACAACAUCUCGAUGUGAAGCCUUCCAUGCUCAUGUUGCAAAAUAUGUUCAUUCACGAACUAAUUUAACUGAUUUUGUAGAACAAUUUAAAAGGUGUCUCACAUAUUUUCGCUAUAGAGCGAUUGUGGCAGAUUAUUUCUCAACAUACGGGAAUGAAGUUUUGCAAACAAAUCUUCGAUCUCUUGAGCGGUCUGCUGAUCAAUUGCUUACUGAGGAGAUGUUUAUACUUUUUCAGUCCUAUGUCUCUAGGACUAUUAAGCUGAGAGUCGUUGAUUGCAAAUAG